AUGCGUACCGAAUCUCCGUCGUACUACGCCAAUGGCAUUCUUACCCUCUUGGCUCUCUUGCCCACCGUCAGCUCGUCUAUUCUAUAUUCAUCCUCAUACGGUGGCAGUGUCUCUGCUCUCGAUCUGACCCUUGCGUCAGCCUCGAAUCCAGCAAGCCUGAAGGUGGUUUCGUCAACCAAGGAAUGCUCCCCGGAUCCAGCUUGGCUAACCCUCGAUUCGGCUAAUUCGAGGCUCUACUGCGUUGGCGAGGGGCUGAACACGAGAAAUGGAUCGUUGAGUGCCUUUGCGACUUCACCUGAUGGUUCUCUGUCCUUGAUUAAAAAGGUCGACACCAUUGGGGGUCCCGUGAGCACGGUUAUCUACGGCAAAGGCGGCGAAGGUAUUGCUGCUGCUCAUUAUACUGGUUCGUCGUUGACUACCUAUGCAGUCUCGGACCUGAAGUUGCUUCAGGCAAAGACCUGGAACGAACCUCUUGGUCCUAACACGACCAGGCAGGACGCUCCGCAUCCUCAUGAGGCAACAACCGACCCUACCGGUCGCUUUAUUGUCGUUCCUGAUCUUGGCUCAGACCGUGUGCGCGUACUAGCCAUCGAUGAAGCAGGAGGUUUAGAUCUGAAGGAGGUGGAGCCACUCAUCGCCAGGCCUGGCAGCGGACCUAGGCAUCUCGAGUUUCUCAAGCUUGACGGCAAGACUUUGAUGUACUUGGUCUCCGAACUGGACAACACUGUGACGGUGUAUGAGGUCGGCUACGGUGAGGACAGCAAGUCCAUGAAUUUCCGUGAAAUGAUGGUUACCGGAACUCACGGUGAUGUCGCCACACCCAACGCGUCCGCUGCCGAGAUUCAUCUGUCGCCGGACCACCGCUUCCUUCUCGUGUCAUCUCGCUUCGACAAGGCCUUCAACAUCCCCAGCUUUGACACUACGGACGGUAGCCUUGUCCCGUCUGAUACGAUCACCAGUUUCUCCAUCGACCAAAAGACAGGCGCCAUCUCGGCGAUUCAGAGGUUCCCUGCCGGCGGCGACAACCCGAGGCAUUUCUCGCUGAACAAGGACGGAAGUCUCGUCGCGUCUGGUCUUCAGGGAGAUGGACGCAUCGUCGUCAUAUCCCGCGAUGCAGAGUCUGGUCUCUUGAAGGAGUUUGUUGCCAACGCCAAGGUUGAAGUCGGCGUCAACUGUGUCCUCUUUGCUUGAGUGACAGGGCUUGGGGGGUGGUCAUGAAGCUUAGGUAUAGUCUAGUUCGUUUGCUGCCGCAUGGCAGGCUAGUAUAUAUCAACCCGAACUAGGACACAAGACUACUACUACGUACCUUGCAUGGACAUUCUGUGCAUUCCAGUGACCAGUUCAAUCCGUAGCCGUCACUGUCUCGAAGCAGUAUACAUAUCGGAGCUCUCGAGGGCUUUCUCUCUGCUGCUGUAUUACUCUAGGCACACAAGGUAUGGGAAAUUAGCUGAAUUUUCCCGAAGCUCUUCCUCCGUUUUCAAGUAUUGAGAGUCACAGUGAUUGGAUAGAUUACUUGGCUCGGGCGGAGGCAUAAUAUCUUGUCUCCAUCCCCUGUGCUUCUUGACAUUACUAUCGCGUGUCCAACAGAGGCCAGUCUAGUCCGAGGCUUGCCAACCUCCAUUGGCCAAUUCAUAGAAGAGACUCUGCAGGUCGACACAUCGACGUAAACUUAAACGGGCGGGACAGUGAAAGCAAGCCGAACCCUCGGACGCAUGCUUUGUUAGAUGACAACCAGUCGAAAGGCACCAGAGUUAG